UAUCUCCUCAGGAAUGUCGGCUUCCUGGCGCCAGGUAGCAGCCGGUGGCCGCGGCCGAGCCCGAGGACGCGCCGCUGCGGCCCCUGCCUCCGGAAAUGGAGUCCAGCUCCGCGGCGCGGGCGGCGGCGGCGGCGGGCGAGAGAGGGCUGCGGGGGCCGCCCCCGACGCUGGCCCCGCGCCCCGGGGAGCCGCCAACGCCGCGGCUGCUGCAGAGCUAAUGUCUCAAAGAAAAUUUGAAGAAAUCAAGAAGGCUAAUCAAGCAGCAGCCAAGAAGCUUGUUGAAGAACAUUUCAGCUCUUCAUCUGAGGAAGAAGAUGAUGAUUUUGAAGGAAAGCAGGGGAAAAUAGUUGCUAAUACUUUUACAACUUACACUACGCAGACAGAUGGAGAUGUCCAUGACUUGGAGCGAACAAAGCAGUAUGUACAUGAAGCUUUUCAAACAGGAGCUAUGACAUGCUUAAUUUGUAUUGCUUCAGUGAAAAGAAACCAAGCAGUUUGGAGUUGUUCAGGGUGUUUCUGUAUAUUUCAUAUGCCCUGUAUCCAGAAGUGGGCAAAAGAUAGCCAAUUUUUGGUAUCUUCUCCGUUGACAGAUGAUGAUUUUGGAAAAAAAGAUUAUCCCUGGCCUUGUCCAAAAUGUAGGUUUGAAUACAAGAAAUCUGACACUCCUACAAGGUACUUCUGCUAUUGUGGAAAGGUAGAAGACCCACCAUUAGAUCCAUGGCUUGUGCCACAUUCAUGUGGUCAAGUAUGUGAAAGAGAUUUUAAACCUCCUUGUGGCCAUAAGUGUUUACUCCUUUGUCAUCCAGGUCCCUGUCCUCCUUGUCCAAAGAUGGUCACAAUUACUUGUUACUGUAAGAAAGGAAAACCUAUUCCUCGUCGAUGCAGUGCCAAGGAAUGGUCGUGCCAACUGCCAUGUGGGCGGAAGUUGCUCUGUGGACAGCAUAAAUGUGAAAAUCCUUGUCAUGCAGGAAAUUGUCAGCCCUGCCCAAGAGUUAGUAGACAAAAAUGUGUUUGUGGCAAACAAGUAGCUGAAAGAAGCUGUGCUAGUCCACUAUGGCACUGUGAGCAAAUAUGUGGAAAAACAUUGACAUGUGGUAAUCAUACAUGUGAGCAAGUUUGCCAUGUUGGUGCUUGUGGAGACUGUCCUCGAUCUGGGAAAAGGUUCUGUCCAUGUCAGAAGUCAAAAUUUUCUUUGCCUUGUACUGAAGAUGUACCAACUUGUGGAGAUAGUUGUGACAAAGUACUUGAAUGUGGAAUCCAUAGAUGUUCACAGCGUUGUCACCGAGGUCCUUGUGAAACAUGUAGACAAGAAGUGGAAAAACAGUGUCGCUGUGGGAAACACACAAAGCGAAUGCCAUGUCAUAAACCUUAUCUCUGUGAAACCAAGUGUGUGAAGAUGCGUGACUGCCAGAAGCAUCAGUGUAGGAGAAAGUGUUGCCCUGGGAACUGUCCACCUUGUGAUCAAAAUUGUGGACGGACUUUAGGAUGUAGAAACCAUAAGUGUCCAUCUGUUUGCCACAGAGGUAGUUGUUAUCCCUGUCCAGAAGUUGUUGAUGUGAAGUGCAAUUGUGGUAAGACAAAAGUGACUGUACCCUGUGGCCGAGAACGUACUACAAGACCACCCAAGUGCAAAGAGCAGUGCAGUCAACCUCCAACUUGCCAUCAUACAAGUCAAGAAAAACAUCGCUGUCACUUUGGCUCUUGUCCUCCUUGUCAUCAGCCCUGCCAAAAAGUUUUGGAGAAAUGUGGUCACAUGUGUCCUGCUCCAUGUCAUGACCAAGCUUUAAUAAAGCAAACUGGCAAGCACCAGCCUACAGGCCCUUGGGAACAGCCCUCUGAGCCAACAUUUAUCCGAAUUGCUUUACCUUGUCCUCCUUGUCAAGUUCCUAUUCUAAUGGAAUGUCUUGGAAAACAUGAGGUGAGCCCUCUACCAUGUCAUGAAGUAGGACCUUAUUCUUGUAAGAGAUCCUGUGGACGAAUCUUAAAUUGUCAGAAUCAUAAAUGUAUGAAAGAAUGCCAUAAAGUAACUGAAACUGAUGCUUGCAAGAACAAAAAUAAGUCUGGUCCAGAAUGCCUUCAGUGUGAAAAAGGGUGCUCCAAAUCCCAGCCAUCAGGUUGUCCUCAUCCAUGUGUUUUACCAUGUCAUCCAGGGGAAUGCCCUCCUUGUGUUCAGAUGCUACGAAUUAAAUGUCACUGCAAGAUCACAAGUCUGUAUGUGGAAUGUAGGAAAAUAACUACAGCUGAUGUUGAUGAGAAAAACCUUCUUUGUUGUAAAAAUCAGUGUCCUAAAGAGCUUCCUUGUGGUCAUAGAUGCAAGGAGGUGUGCCAUCCUGGUGAUUGUCCCUCUAAUUGCAACCAGAAGGUAAAACUUAGAUGUCCUUGUAAGAGAAUAAAAAAGGAAAUACAAUGCAACAAAGUUCGUGAAAAUCAAAUUUCAAUAGAAUGUGAUGCAACAUGCAAGGAAAUGAAACGAAAAGCAUCUGAGAUAAAAGAAGCAGAAGCCAAAGCUAUUCUUGAAGAGGAAAAACGAAGACAACAGGCUGAACUGGAGGCUUUUGAAAACAGACUGAAGGGCCGUCGAAAGAAGAACAGGAAGAGAGAUGAAGUGACAAUUGAAGUUUCACUAUGGCAAAAAUACAGAUAUUACUUCCUUUCAGUGUGUACAGUUGUGGUUGUAGUGUUUGCAUGGUACAUAGUUGUUGAUUUGAAUUAGUAAUAUUUUAAAAUUUUUAUUUAAAUACCACGGUUACUGUUCAUACUACAGUUGUAUUGAACAUUUUUAAUCUGUUAUAUAUACCUCAGAUAAUAAUUUCCAUACAAUGUUAAAUUUGAAAUAUUAGAAAAUGUAUAUUGAGAACAUGCUACAUAUUCACAUUUAUUUUGAUAUUUUUUUCCA